AGGUGGUCCCUGUGUAGUUGAGCCACAAUUAUGGGACUGUUUGACAAGCUGGCGGGAUGGCUUGGGCUGAAGAAAAAGGAGGUUCAUGUCGUGUGCCUUGGCUUGGACAAUAGCGGCAAAACCACGAUCAUAAAUAAACUUAAACCUUCAAAUGCUCAAACUCAGGACAUCGUUCCAACAAUAGGAUUCAGUAUAGAGAAAUUCAAGACAUCAAGUUUGUCUUUCACAGUGUUUGAUAUGUCAGGUCAAGGGAGAUACAGAAACCUCUGGGAACAUUACUACAAAGAAGGCCAAGCCAUUAUUUUUGUCAUUGAUAGCAGUGACAAAUUAAGAAUGGUUGUGGCCAAAGAAGAACUUGACACCCUUCUGAAUCAUCCAGAUAUUAAGCACCGUCGACUGCCUAUUCUCUUCUUUGCUAACAAGAUGGACCUCAGGGAUGCAAUAUCAUCUGUGAAAGUAUCUCAGUUAUUGUCAUUAGAAAACAUCAAAGACAAGCCUUGGCAUAUCUGUGCCAGUGAUGCUCUUAAAGGAGAAGGAUUGCAAGAAGGUGUGGAUUGGCUCCAAGAUCAGAUUCAAGCAACGAAGACAUGAGAGAUAAAUAGAAGAUGUAUAGCCUUCCUUUACAAACUUUGUCAGUAGAUGUACAUGUUCCUUGGAAAGGAAGAAUGAUCUAAGGAAAAUGAACAGUUCAACUGAAAUAUACUGUGGUGACUUGUUUCCUUCUAGUAUCUUCCAGGAAAACUAAAUGUUGACAAUAUAGCACCUCAGGUACACACACUGAUGAAUUAAAUGGAAUCUUGUGACUGGGGAGCAUAUUUAAAAAAAAAAAGAUAA